UGACCACGUGCCGCCGCGCGCCAGCGGGGCCGAGGACCUACGGAAACGGACCCCUUCACCCACCCGCCCACCGCCCUGGGAGCACCCGGGGUACCCCGAGCACCCAGCACCAGCUCGAAGGCAGACCCAGCCGCUAAGCUUCAACGUUCUCGCCCUAACUUUCCUCCAACUUCUCUGUAAGGAGGAACCUGCCGCCCCGCCCGCCCCCUGGCCGCCGCGAUCCGCACUUGAACUCCGCGGAGCCGGCCGUCCACCUUGCGCCACCCCGAGCGCCGGCUAGGAGCGGCUGUCGGGAAGCCCCGAUGACCUCUCCAGAAAGAGCGUGAAGAAGGCUUCGGCCGCCGCGUUCGGCCCAGGCGCCAGGGCGGCUCCAUCGGGGAACUCGGAGCAGCAGAGCCGGGGAAGGUGGUGGAGCAUGACCGCGCGGCCCCUGGGGACCUCAGCGCAGUGAUGCCGACAUGAUGUUUCACUCAGGCCGAAUGUGGAGCUGUCAUUCGAAAUGGAAGCCAAGUUCUCUUUUGUUCUUAUUUGCUUUAUAUAUUGUGUAUGUUCCUCCCUCAGCGUGGGGAUGUGCCAACUGCAGGGUUGUCCUCUCCAACCCUUCUGGGACCUUUACUUCUCCGUGCUACCCUAACGACUACCCCAACAGCCAGGCUUGCAUGUGGACCCUCCGAGCCCCCGCGGGCUAUAUCAUUCAGAUAACGUUUAAUGACUUCGACAUUGAAGAAGCUCCCAAUUGCAUUUAUGACUCAUUAUCCCUUGAUAAUGGAGAGAGCCAGACUAAAUUUUGUGGAGCAACUGCCAAAGGCCUAUCAUUUAACUCAAGUGCGAAUGAAAUGCAUGUGUCCUUUUCAAGUGACUUUAGCAUCCAGAAGAAAGGUUUCAAUGCCAGCUACAUCAGAGUUGCCGUGUCCUUAAGGAAUCAAAAGGUCAUUUUACCCCAGACACUAGAUACUUACCAGGUGUCUCUUGCAAAAAGUGUCUCUAUUCCAGAGCUCAGAGCUUUCACACUCUGCUUUGAAGCAACCAAAAUUGGCAAGGAAGACAACGAAUGGACAGCUUUCUCCUACUCAGAUGCAUCCUUCACACAAUUGCUCAGUUUCGGAAAGACCAAGAAUGGCUACUUUCUAUCUAUUUCUGGCUCAAAAUGCUUACUAAACAGUGCGUUACCUGUAAAAGAUAAGGAAGAUAUUUUCACAGAAAGCUUUGAGCAGCUCUGCAUCGUUUGGAAUAAUUCUUUGGGAUACGUUGGUGUAAAUUUCAAAAGAAACUAUGGGGCAGUUUCAUGUGAUUCUACCAUUAGUAAAGUUAUUCCUGGGAAUGGGAAAUUGUUGCUGGGCUCCAAUCAAAAUGAAAUUGCCUCUCUAAAAGGGGACAUUUAUAACUUUCGACUUUGGAAUUUUGCCAUGAAUUCCAAAAUCCUCUUCAACCUCAGCUGCAAUGUGAAAGGGAAUGUGGUGGACUGGCAAAAUGACUUUUGGAAUAUCCCAACCCUAGCUCUGAAAGCUGAAAGCAACCUCAGCUGUGGUUCCUACCUGAUCCCGCUCCCGGCCGCAGAACUAGCCAACUGUGCAGAUUUGGGGACCCUUUGCCAAGCUACUGUAAACUCUCCUAGUACUACACCACCCACUGUCACCACUAACAUGCCUGUUACUAAUAGAACCAAUAAACAAAGGAAUGAUGGAAUUAUUUAUAGAAUUUUCAUAGAGAUUCAAAACAUCCUUCAUCACCCCGAGGUAAAAGUACAGAGCAAGGUGGCCGAAUGGCUCAAUUCAACCUUCCAGAAUUGGAACUAUACUGUUUAUGUGGUUAAUAUCAGUUUUCACCUGAGCACUGGAGAGGACAAGAUUAAAGUGAGGAGAAGCAUUGUGAAUGAUCAAAGGUUGGUGAUUUUGGCCCUUCUAGUUUACAAUGCUACCAACAAUCCUGAUUUAGAAGGAAGAACCAUUCAGCAGAAGCUCUUAAGAAAUAAUGAGUCCCUGGAUGAGGGCUUGAGGCUACACAGAGUGAACGUGAGGCGACUGGGUAUAUGUCAUGAUGAUGAGGACCCCAAAGGCUAUAAAUGGCCAGCCAUCCAACCUUCUGUAUACAAUGCUCCCUGUCCAGGGAAGCCGGGCUUCUAUGCUUCACGGACAUGUCACCAUGACCCUGCCAACACAUCUCUAGCUUACUGGGGUCCUCCUGAUAUCUCCAAUUGCUCAAGUGAAGCAAAUGAAGUUGCCAAUCAGAUUUUAAAUUUAACUGGUGAUGGGCAGACAUUAAACUCAGCCAAUAUCACCAGCAUCGUAGAACAGGUCAAAAGGAUUGUAAAUAAAGAAGAAAACAUUGAUAUAACGCUUGGCUCAACUUUAAUGAAUAUAUUUUCUAAUAUCUUAACCAGUCCAGACAGAGACUUGCUUGAGUCUUCUUCUGAAGCUUUAAAAACAAUUGAUGAAUUGGCCUUCAAGAUUGACCUACAUAGCACAUCGCAUGUGAAUAUCACAACUCGGAAUUUGGCUCUUGGAGUAUCAUCUGUGUCCCCAGAGACCAAUGAAAUUUCAAAUUUUAGCAUUGGUCUUCCAAGCAAUAAUGAAUCAUAUUUCCAGAUGGAUUUUGAGAGUGGACAAAUGGAUCCACUGGCUUCUGUAAUUUUGCCUCCAAACUUGCUUGAGAACCUGAGUGAAGAAGAUUCUGUAUUAGUUAAAAGAGCACAGUUUACUUUCUUCAAUAAAACUGGACUUUUCCAGGAUGUAGGAACCAAGAAAGGCACCUUAGUGAGUUAUGUGAUGGCAUGCAGUAUUGGAAACAUUACUAUCCAGGAUCUGAAGGAUCCUGUUCGAAUUAAAAUCAAACAUACAAGGACUCAGGCUGUGCCUCAUCCCAUCUGUGCCUUCUGGGAUCUGAACAAAAACGAAGGUUCUGGAUUUUGGAACACUUCAGGAUGUGUCGCACACAAAGAUUCAGACGCCAGCGAGACGGUCUGCCUGUGUAACCACCUGACCCACUUUGGGAUUCUGAUGGACCUUCAAGGAACUGCCUCACAGUUGGAUUCAAAAAACACUAAAGUUCUCACCUUCAUUACCAAUAUUGGGUGUGGAAUAUCUGCUAUUUUUUCAGCAGCUACCCUCCUGACAUAUGUUGCUUUUGAAAAAUUACGAAGGGAUUAUCCCUCCAAAAUCUUGAUGAAUCUGAGUACAGCCCUGCUGUUCCUGAAUCUCCUCUUCCUCCUGGAUGGCUGGAUCACCUCGUUUCAUGUGGAUGGACUUUGCACGGCCAUUGCAGCCCUGCUGCAUUUCUUCCUUCUAGCUACCUUUACGUGGAUGGGGCUAGAAGCGAUUCAUAUGUACAUUGCUCUGGUUAAAGUAUUUAACACUUACAUUCGCCGAUACAUACUGAAAUUCUGCAUCAUUGGCUGGGGUCUGCCUGCCUUAGUUGUGUCCAUUGUUCUAGCAAGCAGAAACCAAAAUGAAGUUUAUGGAAAAGAGAGUUAUGGAAAAGAACAAGGUGAUGAAUUCUGUUGGAUUAAAGAUCCUGUCAUAUUUUAUGUGACCUGUGCCGGGUAUUUUGGACUCAUGUUUUUCCUGAAUGUCGCCAUGUUCAUUGUGGUGAUGGUGCAGAUCUGCGGGAGGAAUGGCAAAAGGAGCAGCCGGACGCUACGCGAGGAGGUUCUAAGGAACCUGCGCAGUGUGGUCAGCCUGACGUUUCUACUGGGCAUGACGUGGGGGUUUGCUUUCUUUGCCUGGGGACCUUUGAAUGUCCCUUUCAUGUACCUUUUCUCCAUCUUCAAUUCUUUACAAGGCUUAUUUAUAUUUAUCUUCCACUGUGCUAUGAAGGAGAAUGUUCAGAAGCAGUGGAGACGGCACCUCUGCUGUGGUCGAUUUCGAUUAGCAGACAACUCGGACUGGAGUAAGACAGCUACCAAUAUCAUCAAGAAGAGUUCUGAUAAUCUAGGAAAAUCUUUGUCCUCAAGCUCCAUUGGCUCUAACUCAACCUACCUUACAUCCAAGUCUAAAUACAGCUCUACCACCUACUUCAAAAGGAAUAGCCACACCGACAAUGCUCCCAUGGACAAGUCCUCAUCAAAACUGACCCAUGCUGCUGGAGAACAAACAUCAAUCAUCCCUGUCCAUCAGGUCAUUGAUAAGGUCAAGGGUUAUUGCAAUGCUCAUUCAGAUAAUUUCUAUAAAAAUAUUAUCAUGUCAGACACCUUCAGCCACAGCACAAAGUUUUAAUAUCUUUAAUAUACUGAAGAGACAUCAGUCUGCAGCAACGUGAAGAUGUGCAAGCUGUGAAAACUCUGACUAGCAGAUGUAAACGUGGUAUUACCUAGGUAACUGCAUAUAUAUGAAGAAUGUGUUUUGUGAAGAAGGCUUUCGUGAAAUUCAAAAUCUGUCUUUUCAGUGUAUUUCUUCCAUGGGGGAGUUUCCACCAUCACUCAACUUCAGUACUAAGAGCAGCACUCAGUAGCCACAGGGAUAGGAUUUUUUUUAACUAUAUGAUUGAAUGGAUCAAUCAGAACUUGGGCUGUGGGGUGGAAUAGUAAAAUUAGAGGGCAAGGGACAGGCCGAGCUUGGGACAAGCCCUAGUUUAGAGCUCAUUCACACCCCACAUAAUAAUUAGAUUUGGAUAUGGCCACCUGCUCCAUCAUCUUUCUCUGCAAUCAAAAGCAUACUAAUAUUUAUAACUAUCUCGGAUGCCCGCAGGUCCCAUCUCAGUGCUGGUUUCUAUGAAUGCAUUAGCAUUUCCUCUUUUUAAAUGAAAUUUCAACCACAGAUACAAAAGAGUAUUUAAUGUCUGACUCAAAGUUUAGAAAGGAAUUUUUUCUCCUUAUCUCAGAUGUUUAACCCUGAAGACCACAACAUGCUUAAGAAAGAAAGAAUUCCCCAAAUUUUGACCUAGUUAAUAAGAGGCCAUGUUAUUUCACUUAUCCUAUUCAAGACACAAGGCUUAAGCAUCAUCAUUAAUUAUAAUUUAGUCCUAUACAUUUGAAUCAAGUUUAGUGUUGAUGUUCCAUUAGAGUGGAGCUCCCAGGAGCUGAAGAAUGACCCUCUUACACCUCUGCUUUUGCUGCUCUACUGUACAUUGAGCUGCGGGCUCAUGGGAGGAAUGCAGAUUUCCAUUAGGCAUGCCGUGUACAGUAGUCUCUCCCUUUUGGGAAAAACAACCAUUGAGACUCUAUGGUCUUGUCUUUGCUCCAGAGACUUUUUAAGACAUUUCCAUUUGCACAAAUGAAAAGCCUCUUACUUCCUCUUUCCAGAGUUUUGUUCCAAAGAAUAUAAACUGAGACUUACGUGGGUGACUUAUCAUAAUCAAAAUAAUUUAUAAUUGUGUGGGUCUACGUUUGCCAGUCUGCAAACUAUUUGUACAUAAGUCCUCUGAUUAUAAGAGCCAGAGGAGGUCUGGCAAGACAGAUGGGGUGUUAUUUAUGGAUUAGGUCUCUGCAUAUAAGCCAUGCAUAAUAUUAAGCAGCUUAACCUAACUAUCAAACUGUCCUGAGGAAUAUGUUUGCUAGUGAAUGUGUAAGAGACCACAUUUUAAUUGUUCUUAAAUGAUGGACUCAUAUCCAGUUUCUUAGAAAUCGGUCUCAGUACAUGCUGUACCUUUACAUUUGCUCUAGGUUAUCUGAGAUGUUUCAGGUUCUGGGAGGUGGCAGCCUAAGUGAUGAGAAGAUGAGACAUUCUGGCAGAACCAAACUGCUUAAAGGCAGAAACCAGACUGAGCACCUGGGGACCUUUCUCUCUGUGCAGGAAGCAGGUAGCUCUCAGUCUGAAACAUAGGAAAGCUUUCAGGCUAUGCAGCAAACAAGGGGCCUCUCAGCUUUUGCUGAUCUUCAAUCCUGAAGCUUUUGGCCAGACUUAAAUGGAUGAUAAUGGGUUUUCAUACUGUUCCAUUUUGUAGCAUCCUGGAACACUGUUCUGGAAGACAGGAGCAUUGCCCAGCUUGGCCUUCACAGGGGAGGGGUGUAGGUAGUAGGAAAGGAUAGUAAAUCUAAGGUCACCAAGACCCUACAGUAGAGCCAUGUCCUUUUCUCUAGGCAUCUAUAUUAACAGGCUGCUUAUUUGGGCAGAGGUUACAUCUAGGUGAAAAUUAACCUUAAAUAGUCACUGAAUCUUCAUAUACUUUCCCCCAAGCCUUAGAGAUGGUAGAAUUUAAUUAGCUUUCGACUGUGAGAUUUCUACCCAAAGUGCUUAUUCAGUUAAAAGUAAUUAAGAGAUAGCUUUAAAAAUAGCUUUGAUUUCUACUUGUAUUCAUCCAGAUCUGGGAAAACUUUUUUUUUUUUUUUUCAAAUUUGACAACAAUGUCAGCUCCACUUUAUAAAUUUCCAGUAAUCAGGUAAGGAAAGAAACAAUGGAUAAACAGCUGAAUAGAAACAUUUGCAAGUGGAUUUAAAAGACUGAGUCAAAUUCUACCCUCAGUUCUGCGCAUGUAGUGCUCACUUUCAUCUAGCCCCGCAGGAGAGCAGAAACACAGGAAUUUAGCUGUGGAGCCAAAAUUUAGUUUAGCUUAACUUUGAGAAUAAUAUCAAUUUAGACUCUCUGGGGUAUUUUUGGUUGUUUUUAUUUUCUUUUUUUUUAACAUUAUGUUAGAGUCAGUCUAAGAUCUUGAGGUAUUUUCCAUUGCUGUCACGAUGACUUACAUUGUAAAGCUUUUUAUUUGUUCAAUGUUGACGUAGACUCUUUUGUAUAUAUUUAUUUAUUUGUGUUUAUAAAUGUGAGCUUGUUUUAUAUCUUACAUUUAUAUUGCCUGGCUUUGUCCUUUUAAUUAACUUUUUAUCAGAGAGACUGUAUAUAUUUUUUUCUAAAUACUUUGUGAAAUAGUUUUCUGUAGUAGUAUCUCUGAAUUUGAUGAAUAAAAAGUGACUGUGAGUGCAAAUUAGAAUUAGUAGUAAGAAGCUACUAUACCUGAUUUGCCAUUUUACUCAAAUAGAAAAUGUUUUUCAAAUAAAUACUUAUGUUGUUUGUGAUCCAAA